UGCAAGUCGGUGUGGUUGCUUGUGCUGAGUGCAGUUUUGUUGGCUUCUGUGGAACUUUUGAAAAUUUUGGUUAUAUUUGUUGCUUGUCACAUUGUCUUCUCGUCAGAUUGCAAUUUUUCCAAAGUGCAUAUAGUGGCUAUUUGCGGGUGUCUUGCUGAAUACUUCAAUCUAGUUCGUCCACCAGAAAUAAUAAGGGAAUAAAAAUGUUCACUCGGGAGCUGGCCGGAGAUUUCGUAAUGUAUCUUUAUAAUAAUGGAUUUAUCCUGAACAAUCGAGUUGCUUCGAAAAUCUUUAUAAGGCGAAAGUUUAAGAGUUUUCUUCAGGAAAAUAAUCGGAGUUUGGGUGCCUACGAUCAUGACUCGACGCUUGACCAACUUCUUCAAGAUCAUCAGUUCGUCUGUAACUAUAUAAAGGAUGAAAAGAUUUAUAAAUUCGAUAUGCGUGGAAUUUUCAAAUAUCGGAAUGAAGUGAUUGCACAACUCGAUGAAAAGGAAAUUGAGAAAGCAAACAAUAUUAUUAUGGACGCGGAGGCUUUGAAUAAAGUCAACUCUAUUGAUGAAAAACCGAAAGUCUUAGCUGACUUUCCAACAUAUUCAUUGAUUUUCCAAUUCAAAUUACGCCAGACAAUCAACGAUUCGUUUAUUCUGUCGUCGAAGGGAUGCUAUUGUUGUCAAAGGAAUUUCGUUAGUGAAGAGGAAUAUACCGCGCAUAUCGAACACCAUUCGCAAGAAUCUGAUUUUGAGUAUCGUGAACAGAAUCGUGAUGAGUCACUAUCGCAGCAAUUUUCCGUUACCUAUAAAUUGUGCGAAAAGUCGCAUUUGUUGUUCUGUAUCAAACCACUCGAUCGAGAAAACCUUAUUAUUGAGAAGAUUAUAGUGUUCCGAUCUGGUGUGGUCCAUUAUUUGGAAGAUGCACUCGUUCCUUACUUUAUGCCGUCAGAUGGUUCCAGUUUCUACGUAAAUUGUCAUAUAUUCCAAAUCGCUUACGAACAACCCAUGCUUAUCAUUUUCAAGUCGAAGGAUGACGCAAAAGAUGUUCGAUAUGUCGAGGAGCAUCACUUUCUGAGGUUCGACGUCUUCCCUGGUAAUCUUAGUUUGAAGACAAAGCACGUCUUUAGGAGAGGUGAAUUGAAAAUAGCUGAGAAGUUGAAGGAAUAUUCACCAACUCCAAUUGCGAAAUCGAUGCAUUUUAUUGACUUUGAUGAGAAGAAUCAUCCUAUUAAACGGAGUAUCCGGGAUUAUUUUAAAAAAGUAACUCCGCUGGGUCCCGAUAAUCUUUGCGAUGCGUUCGAUCUUUUGAUUGAGAUGGAAGACUUUGCAUUGUCUAAGGUUUAUGAAAAAUUCAAAAGAAGCAAUAUUAAAGUUGAAGGUUGCGCUACGGAUUAUUCUGUGAUGAUUGUUAGGUCAGUGGAGGAUGGCGUUGAUGGUGUAUUGAGCGGAGGAGAUCGAAUCAUUUUGUUUUCUACUCAAGCUGCUAGGAAGUCCAAAGGGGGUAAAGCAAAACAAGUUGAUGAGGCCGGAAAUGUGAGCAACAAAGGGACCAAGUUCAUAGGCGUUAUAACAAACGUUGUAGGCGAGCGCGUGUAUUUCGAAUCAAAAUCCGGGAAAAUUCCAGUCGAUUUACUCUACGAUGUUUCCUUCGAACCGCAACGAUUGGGUAUCAUAUAUCAACAUCGUGCGCUCGAACUUCUUCGUGCGGAUAAUUUCUUGAAGGUCCGCUUGUUUCCUGAGCCUGUGUUUAAUUCAACAGCUUCAUUAAGCUUGGAGUAUUACAACCCGAAUCUAGCUGAAAAUCCGGAACAAAGGGAAGCCGUACAGAAUAUAGUUGAUAACCACAACAAACAUGUACCAUUUAUAAUAUUCGGUCCCCCAGGUACCGGAAAAACAACUGUUGUAGUUGAAGCAAUACUACAACUAUGGAAAAAAUCUGAAUCUAACAGAAUUUUAGUUAUGGCAGGCUCGAAUGCAGCAUGUGAUGAGGUUGCAUCGAGAGUGUGUACAAUUUUCGAUAAGAUAGAUCCAGAAGGAAUGAAUUUACUACGGUUGUAUGCCAUGUCUUCUGAAAAACGAAUUGAAAAUAUGAAUGAGGGCGUUUUAGAAGCGUCCAACUUAUGCUACGGACAACAUUUCUAUCCAUCGCUUGAAACGAUAUAUACUUAUCGUAUUGUGAUAGUAACGUUGUCAGUAGCCGGUCGAUUGGUUCAUGGGAAGAUCGCGAGUAACCACUUCACCCAUGUUUUUAUAGACGAAUGUGGUGCUUCGACAGAACCAGAAUCUCUAGUUGGCUUAGCUGGGAUUCUAUCGUCAUCGGGGCAACUUAUAUUGUCUGGUGAUCCCAAACAAUUGGGCCCUAUUAUUGCAUGUCGAAGAGCUGCAAACUAUGGUUUGGAAGUUUCAAUGUUAGAACGGUUGAUGGAUCGCGAGUGCUAUCAACAGCACCCAAUAACCAAGGAAUAUAAUCGGUCGAUUCAGACUCGACUUGUAAGAAACUUCCGCAGUCAUAAAGAUAUCCUUGCGUUGCCCAAUCAACUAUUUUACGAUGGCCAAUUGCAAGUGAUGGCUUCGCCUAAAAUAACAGACAUAGCGCUUGGAUGGUCUGGACUGUGUACCAAGACGUUCCCUAUUGUCUUUGAGUCAGUCAUGGGAACCAUGCGCAAAUUGAAAAAUUCAACAAGUUCAUGCAAUUAUGAAGAAUUGUGGAGUGUUAUGCUGGUUUUGAAGGAGUUGAUGUUUUUCGGUAUUAAGGAACGCAAAGUCAGACAAGAGGAUAUUGGCAUUGUAUCCCCAUAUAAAAUGCAGUGCCAGCUGAUACGUCGAGAGUUGGAUCGUCGUGGAUGGUACCGCAUCGAAACGGGAUCAGUGGAAACUUUCCAAGGUCAGGAAAAGCCGAUUAUAAUUGCUUCAAUGGUUCGGUCACGAGUUGACACUCCAGGUUUUUUGGAUAAUCCAAGGCGACUAAAUGUUUUGCUAACUCGCGCUCAAGCUUUACUGAUUCUCGUUGGGAAUCCAGAGACUCUUCUGAAAAUUAAACAUUGGAAUUGGGUCAUAAAGUACUGCGUCGAAAAUAAUGCAAUAUCUCACUCUAUGCGGAAUUUGGCACUGGAAAGCAAUCAACGUAUACAACGAAGCGCCAUGAAUCCUAAAAAUCGACUUGCGAAUAUGUCGGAAAAAGGAAAGAGCAACGCCAAUAAGGGUAUGAACCUAAGAAAAGUUUCGAAACCUAACCAUAUCCAUCGCAGCAAUAAAAAAAUCGAACAGAAUGACCAGAAAGAUCCAAAUUAUUGGAUUAAUUGGCUGAAAGAGUUACCGAAUAUUAACGCUAAUUCUAAUAGUUCGGACGAACUAGAACGUGAAGAUUCUAAAGCCAAAAAUGAAGUUGAUCCCGAUUCUGGAAUGAAUGCAUCAUCUGGUGUUGAGCCAAAAAUUAAUAAAAACUCUAAUCGUAUAAGCGACUUUCAACGAGCACAGUCUGAGCCCUCGGGAAAAUCAAAUGGUGGAAGCAAUCCAGGCAAAUCAAAUUGUGAGAAGUCACUAAUGGAACCAUCCAAUUCUGGCGGCGAGAAAAGUAAUAAGAUCCUGAAUAAAUCAAAAUCUGAGUCUGGAUCAAUUUCAAAUAUGCUAGAACAGAUAGAACAGCAGCAGCAAACAUUGAUUUCGAUUCAAAAUAAAUUACUGAAUUCAGCAGCCCAGAAUUCCAUGUGUCCUGUGAAGAUUCCCCAACAGAGCAACAAAAAUUCAUCCGAAAAUAAUUCGAACCCAUUCACGAAAAUUGAUUUUUCAAAGCAAAUAAACCAAUCAGCGUUCCACCACUGCGCCUGCGGAAAUACUGAAAAUUCUCCAAAGAAGGAAAAUUUAGCUCCAUCGGGAAAUAAUUCAUAUUCACUCGUGGGAUCCAGUGCUUGGGACCAAAGACCAGAGCAGGAUCGAUAUCAUUGGAUACGCGAAGCUAACAAUCAUAAUUCAUUCGGAAUCUCGGGAGCUUCAAAGCAGAAAGAAACAGAUAAUUCAAAUCCUUCGAUUCGCAGCAAUGCAAUGGUAGCUCCACAGACAGGAAACUCAUUUGUAUCUAAACAAAAUUCAGAUUCACUCCUGGAAGCGGAGCUCACAAUUCAGAAAAGACAACACAAUCCAUAUCGUUGGGUCCGUAACACCCAAACGGUUGUUCCAAAGGGAGAAAAUUCAAUUUCACCUAAACAUGAUUCAAAUUCACUUGCGGAACUGGAGACUGCAGUUAAAAAGAAGCAAGAGGACCUAGACCUUUCGGUCACCGAUAUUCAGACGCAAGCUCCACCUGGUGAAAAAUCGGCUACGUCCAAAUACAGUUCAAAUCCAUUUGCGCAACUCGAUUCCUUCGUGAAAACUCCCCACCAUGUUGAUCUCAUAAGCCUACCCUCUGCAGCACAUCAGGCAGAUAAAAGGGUAGAGACAUCGAGUUCCGAUCCACUUCAGACACCUAACGUCCGGAUUCAACCCGAACCUGCUCUUGGCUAUCCACCUACACCUCGGAAAACUCUUAGUUCAAGUAGGUUUGUUGACGAUGGUAGUCCUGUUCAAGGGGCAAGCUCCAAUGUGGAAGUUUCUCGCCAACGUAUUCAAAUGGCUAAUUCAAUUUCCCAGAACUACAGGUCGAGUGAACGAAAAACACCGGCAAGAAAAGAGAUUGAGAAAUCACAGUGUGUUAUAUCUUAAGAAAUUUAAUCUUUUUUCAUCGGAUUUUGUGGAAACUUGGAAAUUGGUUUGGUUCUUAUUUUUUUUUUGCAUUACGU